CCCGCCACCAACACCAACUGCACCUAACUUUUACGCGGUGUGUCAAAUGGUCAGUGCUGAUUUAAGAUGCCCUGGAAGUAAAUCAUUCUCUGGCCGUAUAGGCCGGUACCUCUCUUCCGCUAUAGGUACCGCAGCGCCUCGAGCAGCAGGUAUCGGUACCUGAGCGGUGGGGCGGUAGCGUACCGAGUGUACCUGCCUACAUGUAGGUACCUACUACGUAGGUAUCCUGACUCUCCCGCCAGUCAAGGACCAAGGUUCCCCGACUCGCGCUUCGCUUCGUGUCAAUCAAUUGGACGCAGUGUCGUAGUAGGUAGGUAUGUACAUCGUGUACUCUACCUACUUGCCUACUGCCUACACACAGCAGGUACAAGCAAAGCAGGUGAUUGACCUCCUGCUAAUCGUGGGAGUUCGUUCGUCCUCCCACUUCCCUCAUAUCUCGCCUGUCUCCGUCUCCCUUGGUUUUUUUUCUUUUCUUCCAUUCCUCUUCUUCUCUCCCCUUUCCUGUUGUUCGUCCGUACCUCCUCGUGUAUCGACUCACCGCUACAACGGCAAUUGGUGCGAGCUCUCUGUUAAGGCGCGUCGUCGUUGUUGUUGUUGUUGCUAUUGUCAUCUCUUCGCCGUCGCAACAUCCUGGUUGUCGCUGGAGACGUUAGAAACGCUUGCCAACAAAUUGUCCCCACGUGUGCAGCCUUUUCUGAGGGGCGCGAACAAGAAAUUUGUGGUACAGCACCGUUUGUGGGUGUGGAUUCCUGGACCUGAAUGGCAAAAUACCCCUGCCUACCUUGCAUCCGUUCGAAUAAGAAGCCGGCUUGCCUCACCGCACACCUCGAGGAACGGGGCUCCUUUUCUCCACUUUACAAACACCAGUCCCCAUCAGUCCCAUCUUGUUCAUUGGAUCACAAAGCUACUUUUUCUCAAUCAUCUCUCCACAUCUAGCAUCUGGAGACAGCGUUGCGCUACUACCGUUCGGUAUCAGACGUGGAGGAUAUCAGGACUUCGGGCCAUCGAUUCCAAUCUCUGGAACUCGAUAUCAACAAGCGAACCCUCAACGCGUCCCUUGUUGAUCUACGCUGCCCCUCUUUGUACCCACAAAGCGCACGCGCCCUUACGCCAGGACUACGUGUAGUUUCUGAAGCCAUCGCACGCAAAUUCUGUAAACAGACGCCAUUCGACUCCAACAGGACAUCCUUGGGCUUGCUAUUGUCUAAAGCAGUCCCUGGUGUUAUCGCCCAUAGCGCUCAUUGCUCACUUUUGAGGAUAUGGACAACACCCCUU